AUGGGGAGGCUCCGCUGGCCUUCGGAAAGGCGGGUGCGGGAGGAGCAUCUGCACCGGGACUCCCCGUCCUCGCCUGGGAUGCAGUAUUCUUCUGCCCGCGGGGACCUGCGGCCACGCCCACCGGGAACGGGCUGCCUCCUCCCCUCUGCGAGGCCUGAGGACCCCCCACGCCACAGCUUCGGGAUGGGCCUGAGCCCGGAUGCGGGGAGGAAGGGCCCGUUCUGUCCCUCCAGGUUCCCCAGGUUCGGGCCCAAACCGACCUCAAGAACAGCAGAAGAAUCCAUGGGAUUUCAAGUGCUGGUCCAGCUCUCGCCCAAGCAGGGCCCGUUGGAGCCGGGGGAGAAGCCGGGAGUUACCUCGGAGCCCUCGCCCAGGCAGAGGAGAACAGAGUCGAGCUUGUCCCUGAAGUCGGAGAGCGCCAGCCAGGUGGCGAAGCAAGCAGCCGAGGGCAACCCGAGACCGAGACCCGGGGACCUGAUCGAGAUUUUCCGGAUCGGCUAUGAGCACUGGGCCAUCUGCGUGGAGGACGACCGCGUGGUCCACCUGGCGCCCCCGAGUGAGGAAUUCGUGGCCGGCAGCAUCACCUCCAUCUUCAGCAACCGGGCCGUGGUCAAGUGCAGCCGGCUGGAGGACGUGCUGCACGGCUGCUCCUGGAAGGUCAACAACAAGCUGGACGGGACGUACCUGCCCCUGCCCGUGGACAAGAUCCUCCAGCGCGCGAGGACCAUGGUCAACAAGAUAGUGCAGUACAGCCUGAUCGACGGGAACUGCGAGCACUUCGUCAACGACCUCAGAUACGGCGUGCCCAGGAGCCAGCAGGUGGAGCAGGCCCUGAUGCAAGGGGCGAAGGCGGCGGGAGCCAUGCUCUCGGCCGUGGUGGAGAGCAUACGGCCCAAGGCAGUCACCGCCGGCAGCGACUCCGGACACCACGCAGAGGAAGAGCCGGGACGGCAGCAAAGAGAACGUCCUCCCUUUGCUCCCCUGGUCUCCCUGCUCAGCGGCCCCGUGUAAGAAACUCGUGAGCUUCCGGAAGAGUCUGGCAUGUACCCAGUUACCCCUUUAGACGUGUGUCCGAUAUGUGUGAUGAGACCCAGGGACUCGCAGGGUGGGAAGAAUCCAAUAUUUAUUACGCAGCUGUGAGGCGCGGUCACCGCCACCCCACUCUGUUGAAGGGGGUCUCGCUCGUGCCUUAGGCUGAACCUAGUCUGUGAUGCUUGAAUACCAUGGGGUACAUCCUGGAA